AUGGCAGCGAUUGUAUCAGAAACGCCGUCCUCGUCCUCCCCAGCAACGUCGCCGCCGGCAGCCGCACCCACGAGCGUCAACCCCCCCAACAACCCGUCUUCCCCACCGUUCCAUAAUCCAAACCAUCCUGCGCUGCCACCACUUGUCACAUCUCCGCCUCCGCCGGCGCGCCGAACCAACCUGUCACGGCCAAUGUCGCACGCUUCGAAGAACCGCCUGUCGCAAUACUCUACAGGCUCGAUUCCCCCACGGUCACGCCCAGCAUCCCACGUCUUCCCCAUCUACCCGUCCAGUCUCCCAUACACACUGGUCCGAGAUUUCGCAUAUGCCUCCUCCAACCCGUUGCACUAUGGCCCACCGCCAGAACCGUCGCGGCCGCCGUCCGUUCUGUUGACGCCGUCAAUAGACGCACAGUCGCAACGGCGCCUCUCCGAUCCGCCUGUGUUCUGGGACUCCAAAGGCGGGUCUGGCUGGGAGACGGGCUCAUGGACCAGCGACUCGUUCCGACGCGCAACAGACAUUCCCCCAAUUCUCCUGGCCGACGGACCGCCGUGGAGCGAGGACGAAGACCUGCAGAGCCCUGUGGUCAGCUCACGACAUCGGAAGCACAAGUCCACGUCGGGUGCAUAUGGGCACGGGCACAGCCGAUCCCGGGCUUCGCGUGAUGAGUACGCCGAGAGUUCCGGUAAUGGCGUUGGCCCUGGCGUGGACGGUGCGUCUCACGGUCACGGCCUGGGGGCCGCUGGUGGCGACCACGACUCGGCUGUCCUGAAUCCGGACAACUACGACCGCGAACGGGGCUACUAUGUGGGCACAAGCGGCGAUGGAAGUGAGCGGUACUAUGUGAACCAAGAAGGCGACGAAGCCAAUGGGCCGGGCGGCGAAUUUGUUACAUACCCCCCGGACCAAGCACGGCAUUCCACAAACGCCUACCAACUACGACCACCCAACAACUACGGCGCGUACCGGCCGACCUCCGACGCCUCGAGCCCCAUCUCGUCGCCCGACUACCGGGAAGACGACCAGUCGCGCUACUCCCGCGACUACCAAUUUACAAUUACCUCGCCCGACGAAGAGAUGCACGGCAAAGCCGUCGCGCUCUUCGACUUUGCCCGCGAAAACGAAAACGAGCUGCCGCUCGUCGAGGGCCAGAUCAUCUGGGUGUCGUACCGGCACGGACAGGGUUGGCUAGUGGCCAUGGACCCCAAGACGCAGGAGAGCGGCCUUGUUCCCGAAGAAUACGUGCGCCUCCUGCGGGACAUUGAGGGCGGCAUGACUAGCUUGACAGGCCAGGUGGUCGUGACGGCCGAUGGAGGCGGCGCGGCCAGCCCCAACGACGGGGGCACGCCGACACAGGCCGAGCACCACCACGGGCAGGGCCCCGGUUUUAGUGGCGGCCACACCCCGACGCCGAGCAAUGUCACAAACGGAUACCAUCAGCCGAUCGUAUCGACAUUUUCGACGUCCAGCAAAGACCUCGACCCCUACCCACAGCACCUUCUAGGCACCCAGGCCGGCCAGACGCCGCCGCAGGUCAUCCAUUACCACGGCCAGCGCGGUGGGUCGCAGGCGAACACCCCCACGCUGCUCAACCACCAGGAUGUGGGCAUGAUGCGGCGCGGCAGCCAAGACGUGCCUACCAAAAAAAGCGGCGAUGGACAUGUCCCUUCGACGCUCGGAUCGCUGCCAGACGAUACCGCUGAAGAAACGGCCGAGACGGCGACGAAAUUAGCAAACACGGCGGCGGCCGGCAGUGAAGAGUAG